AAAUUGACGUGCAGACCUUCACAAAUUGAGCCGAACGAGUCCAGCCAACCCGGAACUUUUUGGGUUACUUCAUCAUUGUCAAAAAGUAGUUUUUUUAUUUUAGUUUUCUCAGAAGUUCGUCCGGAACAUGAUGUUGGCGGAUUAGUUCAGUUUGUGCUGCGUCGACCAGAACAGAGAGCGACACAAAUGUUUGCGGUGGUGAAAGCGGCGGUUCCUGCAGGACAGUAGCCUCGACUUCUCAACCCAGACGGAGGGGGGCGGAGCCACCAUGCCACAGCAGAAGGACAUCGUGAGGAUUGCCAUCCAGAUGACUGGGGUCUACCCUCAGCUCAUCCAGCUGGACCAGAAAAAGCCUCUGUCUGCUGUCAUUAAAGAGGUUUGUGACGGCUGGACUCUCCCGGGACCCGAGAACUACGCCCUGCAGUACACGGAUGGAGUUCAGACCUACAUCACCGAGUCGAACCGUCAGGACAUAAAGAACGGAUGCAUCCUGCGCCUGACCAAGGCUCCGGGCCGCUGUGCAGAGGAGCUGUUCAAAGGGAUCCAGAGCACGGAGCCGGGCGCGCGCUGUGAUUCGCUGAAGGAACUGGCGGGCAUUUCCAAGGACGUGACCUUCGCUCAGGAGUUCAUCAGCCGAGACGGACACCUGCUGCUGGUCAAGAUAGUCGAGGACUCGAAGGAGAGCAACGUGAUCAUGACGCACACGCUGACGGCGUUCAUGGCGCUGAUGGAUCACGGCAUCGUCUCGUGGGAGAAUCUGUCCGUGGUCUUCAUCAAGAAGAUCGCCAGCUUUGUCAACUCCGCCCCCUUCGACGCGUCCAUCCAGCAGGUGUCCCUGGACAUCCUGGAGAGCAUGGUGCUGAGCAGCUACAGCCUGUUUACUCAGGUCAAACAGGAAGUCACCAUCAAGAGGCUCAUCGAUCACCUGCACGUGACAAACCAGCAGAUCCAGACCAAAGCCAUGGCGCUCCUCAUGGCUCUGCUGCAGACCGCCGCAGAUUCAGACAAGCAGGAAAUGCUGAAGUUACUGAACGAUAAGAGUUUCCGGCAAUACAUUUGUAAGGAUAUCAUCCACAGUUCUGGCUCGGUUCAGGAUGAGAUGGCCCACUACCUCUACGUCCUCCAGUCGGUCACUCUCAACCAGCUGGAGCCUCGCAUGAAAACGCCUCUGGACUUCUACAACCAGGAGCAGCGAGACGCUCUCCACAAACUGCGAGACUCUGCGUUUGACGUAGAAAGCGAGAACCUGAGUCACGAGAGAAGACGUUCGCUCUGCGCCAAAGAAUUUAAGAAGCUGGGUUUCUCUAACAACAGUAACCCCGGUCAGGAUCUGGGCCGAGCUCCUCCUGGACUCUUAGCUCUGGACACCAUGUAUUACUUUGCUACACAAUAUACCGAAGCCUUUAAGAGGUUCGUCCUGGAGAACAGCAGCAGAGAAGACAAACACGAGUGUCCGUUUGCCCGGAGCAGCAUCCAGCUCACGCUCAUCCUGUGUGAAAUCCUGCGGAUAGGAGAGCAGCCUUCAGAAACGGGAUCCGACUAUCACACCAUCUUCUUCAACCAGGACAAGCUGCUGGAGGAGCUGUUCUGUGUCUGCAUCCAGCUGCUCAACAAGACCUGGAAGGAGAUGAGGGCCACGCAGGAGGACUUCGAUAAGGUGAUGCAGGUGGUGAGGGAGCAGAUCACCAGAACGCUGUCCAGCAAGCCCACCUCGCUGGAGUUCUUCAAGAACAAAGUGAACGCUCUGAACUACAGCGAGAUCCUGAAGCUGCGGCAGACGGAGCGACUGCACCAGGAGGAGACGCUGGCUCCGCCCGUGCUCGAGCUGAAAGAGCGUCUGAAGCCGGAGCUGCUGGACCUGAUCCGCCAGCAGCGCCUCAACAGACUCUGUCAGGGAACCAUGUUCAGAAAGAUCGGCAGCCGCCGCAGACAGGAUAAACUGUGGUUUUGCCGCCUGUCGCCGAACCACAAGAUGCUUCACUACGGCGACGUGGACGAGGACGCUGAGAACCCGCCGAUCGAAACCCUGCAGGAGAAGAUUCCAGUGGCAGAUAUCAAAGGCUUGCUGAUGGGGAAAGACUGUCCUCACAUGAAGGAGAACAAAGGCAAACAGAACAAGGAGGUUCUGGAUCUGGCCUUCAGCAUCACAAAUGAUGUGGAGCACAGCCUGAACUUCAUCGCUCCCUCCAGGACGGACUUCUGCCUGUGGACGGACGGGCUGAGCGUCCUCCUGGGUCGGGAGAUGAGCAGCGAAGCCAUGCGCAGCGAGCUGGAGAUCCUCCUGUCCAUGGAGAUCAAGCUCCGCCUCCUGGACCUGGAGAACAUUCCCAUCCCUGACAGCGCUCCCGCCGUUCCCAAACCUCCGAGCAACUACAACUUCUGCUACGACUUCAGCCAGACGGAGCAGUAGAGCGGCGAGGGGGCGGAGCCAGGACGAGUGACUGUGUAAAUACGGCGUGUUUGUGUGGCGACGUUUGCCCUGACGUGCAUUCAUGCACCUGUUUGAUGUAACUGAGAUAAACAAGCCUAGUUUAUUUUCCUGGGGGAGUCUAGCGCCCCCUGCAGGCCGA